AUGAGCCUAUCGGAUGAGCCGGCUACACUCUUGAAAGGCGUCGAGAUAUCGAGCAAAGGAUUUAAUCGCGCAUGGGAUACUCUUGUUGCCCGGUACGACAAUAAGCGUAUCCUCAUGGAUGCUCAGCUCUCCGCACUGUUUUCGAUUCGCAAGGCAAAAACCGAAUGUGCAUCGGAAGUGAAACGCCUUCUCUGCGAGCUGAAAGAAGCCAUCGGAGCCCUUGCUACAUUGGGCUGCCCAGUUCAUCACUGGGAUGUUAUUCUCAUCUUUAUGACAGUGCGCAAGUUAGACACCGAAUCUGUAAAAAAGUGGGAAAAAUCACUCGGAGCCACAUCGAAAGCACCAUCGUUCGCCGACUUCGAGAAAUUUCUUCUCGGUCGUAUUCUCACUCUCGAAGCCUUCGAACGAACGACUUCUCGGAAACAACAUGCAAAUCCGUCAAGACCUCAAGCUAACGCUCGUGCAUAUACCGCUGCUGUGUCUGAGCAAAAGUACGCGUUGUGUUUAUCGGGACAUUACAUCUCCUCGUGUCCUAAGUAUCUCGAAAAGACACCCGUGCAGCGAAAGGAAGUAAUCAUUGCAAAAAGUCUAUGCUUUAACUGUCUCGAGCCUCAUCAAAUGAAAUCGUGUCGCUCAACAAAGCGCUGCCGUCUCUGCCACAAGCAACAUUACUCUAUUCUCCAUAAUCAAGCCGGUAACACAGCGAUUGGUGCAUCAGAUGCAUCCUCAAACUCGUCGACGUCUGUCGCCACAUCAUCUCCGCCGGCAACUCAUAGUGCAAGUAUUCUUCCACUCUCUGCAACUUCUCAACUGAGUACCAAGCAAGUCUCAAACUCAGCGACAUCAAGUCACAUUGCUCAAUCGCGAGUAAUCCGUCGGACUCCGGUUCUCUUAGCCACCGCUCUCGUAAACGUCAUCUCAUCAACCGGAGAUCUUUAUCAAGUGCGAGCACUUCUCGAUCAAGGAUCAGAAGUCUCUUUUCUCUUGGAAUCGGUCGCGCAAUUGUUAAAGCUCUCGCGUCGCGCCGCGGCUAUUCCGAUUUUCGGCAUCGGUGCUCAACGCUCAAGCGUAUCAAACGGACUCGUUUCUCUCACAGUGAUCUCUCAAGUGCAUAAAGAAAUUUCUCUCGAAAUUGAUACUCUCGUACUACCGAAAUUAACAGCCUAUCUACCUUCCACGCGUGUUGAAUAUACUCAGUGGCCGCACAUUCAUGGUCUCAAGCUCGCGGAUCCAAACUUUGCCACGCCCGAAAAAAUCGAUCUCAUACUCGGAGCAAAUGCGUACGCUCAAAUACUUAAAGAGGGUAUUCGUCGAGGAAAAAUCGGCGAACCCAUCGCUCAAAGAACGACUCUCGGAUAG